UGUUUUCCCGCCGAAAUUAUAAUUUAUUUUUUAUUAGGUUUUAUAAGUGCUCUCGUUAUUAUUUUUUAGCUAGGUUCUUUUUUUAAAUAAAGAUAAGUGUUGUGCAAUAGUGUAACAAGUGGUCUGAUUAGGUGCUUUAAAGUGUAUUUUUAAUAUUGGAAUUUAUUCAAGAUUCUGCUUAGCUCUUAAUCUAAGGAGCAUCACCAAACUACAACAGACGAGUUCGCGUGUGACGUCACCCCACCCAUAGAUCCACCAAAAGGCCGCGGGCAUUUUUCACGUUGGAUAGUAUCUCAAAAUCAUAUUAAUGACCGGGCGAUGCGCCUCGAGUAGCGCGGUGGGGCCCUGCCCGCCGCCCGUCCGGCCAAUUGGGGCCCGCCUCGCCUAUGAUGUCAUCGGAGGAGGAGGCCGACUCACACGCGCCCUACUCGGAUAAACUACUGAAGAAACAGAAACGCGUCAGACAGCGCGUGGACGCCGGCGAGCCGCGCAAUUCUUAUUCGACUCUCGCGACGAACGGACUCGCGCCCGCGCGCGCCGCACACAUGAGUGGCGGACUUUACGGCGCCAUCUUCGAGGGCCGCCAACACUUCGGACUCUUCGGCCCCUGCUACGCUCCGGCUGAGAUGCUCAAUGAACUGCUCGGCCGAGCGCCCAGGCAGGAGGACUCCGGCGACGAUGCCACCGGGGGCGACAUGCUGCGCGACCGCGUGCUUCGCGACAUCCUCCAGAGCCAGAAGAAGGGAUUGAUGAGGUUGUCCCCCGACAACAACAACGUACUCGCAAACAAUAAUAACGAUGAACCCAAAGAAGAGAAAAGGUCACCAGAGCGGCCCGUCUCGUGUGAUUCCCGGCCGGAUCUCGACGAGGCUCUGAUGAAUCUGGACAGCGCCGGCGACUCCCGGACGUCGCCGCCGCCCGCGCCUCCAUCCAGUGAACCGCUGCUCGCUCCCAAGUCGGAGCCCGAGGACCGUGACAGUGACGCCCAACGUUCUUCGCCGCGACCUUUGGACGCUAAACGUGCUCGUGUAGAAAAUAUAGUGUCGACAAUGCGUGCUAGUCCUGCCCCACAAAAGCCACAAGUGAACGGCAGCAACAAACGGAAGCUGUACCACCCUCAGCAGCACGAUGGUGCAGCGGAGCGCUACGGGACCAGCCACGCCAGCAACGGACUGACUGUGUCCGAUGAAUCCGAGGAUGACGGUGAGCGACCGCCCAUACAACAAAAGUUAGUAGAAAAGAAUGCUUUAAAAUCUCAAUUAAGAACUAUGCAAGAACAGCUCGCAGAAAUGCAAGAAAAGUAUGUGCAAUUAUGCAACAGAAUGGGACAGGAUUCAGAGACGGUAGACAAUGAUGGUGCUUCUAGUGAAGUAGAACAGAUCGAUGAUCCCGUUCCUAAGUCGGAGCCAUCUUCACCUGUCAAAGAAACACCGCCUUCGAUACCUAAUAGUGUAGCACCAAAUUUAUUAUCACAAGUUAUGUCCAAAAUGAUGACUGCUAAAAUACAACAAGCACAUUCCGCAGCCCACAGUCAUCUGCCCCCAGGCUUCAACGGGGCCUUGCCUCUGAUGCCCCAUCUCCCGACAGGGGAUCACAUGCAUCCACCGCACACACAUCAACACCUCAAUAACGCUGCCGCCAUGUACCUUAACGUAAGUCAAAAGCUAUUUUUAGAACAAGAGGCCAGAAUGAAAGAAGCCAAUGAACAACAACAGAAUAACCAACAACAGCGGCUACAAUCCAAUCAGCAUUCACCGCAACAUAGACAAUUAGGACCGACGCCAAAACCCCCGCUGUCUUCAGAGCUAGCAGAACGCUUAGACGCAUUACGGAGCAAUUCCGGCUCAGUAGGCCCUGUAUCAGGAGCCGAUCUAGAGGGACUAGCGGAAGUCCUCAAAAGUGAAAUCACAGCUUCGCUGGCGAGUCUGAUCGACUCUAUUGUGACUCGAUUUGUGCACCAACGCCGUAUACUGGGAAAGCAGUCCGAAGCCGCAGCGGCUGCAGCUGAACAGUUCAACAAGGACUUGUUGAGAGCGACUCGACUACUGGACCAGCCGACUACGCCAAAAGUGCCCGAACGGCCUUCCGGACAAAUGUCAGGUAACGCACCCGUCCAUCACCCGGGCGCGCCGAACGGCGUCCCGUUUAUGACGAACAACCCGAUGUUCAUGAACCACAUGAACGGUGCCCGAGCGCCGGGUGGUGCGGCGUUCCCGCUGCACCAUGAGGCGGGCGGGCCCGGCCACGGCGCUCACAUGCGACCUCCCACAGGCAUGUUCCAGGCGCCGCACAAACCGAUGCAGCCGCACUUCGGUGGCCCGAUGAACGGACAUUUCGACCGGGAUCAGAACCCCGAUCCGAGCGAACCCCUCAGCCUUGUCGUGACGCCGAAGAAAAAACGGCACAAGGUGACGGACACGCGGAUCACCCCCCGGACAGUGAGCAGAAUCUUAGGAGAAGGAGUGGGACACUCGCCCGAGAGCAAGUUCCCGGAGUCGCCGUCGCCGCGUUCGUUUCCUAGCGGGCUGAACCUGCCCACCAGCGUGGCGAUAGCGAACCCCUCGCUGCACGAGAGCCAAGUAUUCUCGCCGUACUCGCCGUUCUUCGGCGCAGGGGGUGGGCUAGCUCGGUCUCCCCCCGCGCCAGAGCGGGACUCACCGCCGCUGCCCAACGCGCCGGCGAUGCUCCACCCGGUGCUGCUCGCACACCACGGCUCGCCCGACUACCUGCGGCCGCACCACCCACACGUGCCGCACCACGCCGCCGGCCCGCACCACCCGCACCACAUGGACAUGCAGGACCCGCACUCCGACUGCAACUCCACCGACCUGCCUUACGACGGAGUUCAGCCUACUUCUUCAACGUUGACGCCGAUGCACCUCCGCAAAGCGAAGCUGAUGUUCUUCUGGGUGAGGUACCCGAGCUCCGCAGUCCUCAAGAUGUACUUCCCAGACAUCAAGUUCAACAAGAACAACACAGCGCAGCUCGUCAAGUGGUUCUCAAACUUCAGAGAGUUCUACUACAUCCAGAUGGAGAAGUACGCGCGGCAGGCCAUCAGCGAGGGCAUGAAGACGCCCGAUGACCUGCACGUGGCGGGCGACUCCGAGUUGUACCGAGUGCUCAACUUGCACUACAACAGAAACAACCACAUUGAAGUUCCACCGAACUUCAGAUACGUGGUCGAACAGACGCUGAGAGAAUUCUUCCGCGCCAUCCAGGGCGGCAAGGAUAACGAGCAGAGCUGGAAGAAAUCCAUAUACAAGGUGAUCUCCCGGCUCGACGACCCCGUGCCAGAGUACUUCAAGUCACCGAACUUCCUCGAGCAGCUGGAGUGAGCGCCACAUCGCAUCGGCAUCGCACACAAACUUUCGGCUAACUAAAUUAAAAAAAAAAAGAAAAAGAAAUCUAUUGGACGAUUGUUUCGCACACCAAAAUUUUACGACACUCGCAUUUAGGCCUUCAGAUUCAAAAUUAUUGAUAAAAAAAGUUUAAUUAAAUUAUUAAAAAAAAAAAAUUUAAUUUGUACGUUGGACAUCGAGCGAUGGAGCGGCGUGGCGACGCCACGCCCGCGCUCUACUAGGAAAUUCAUUAGGUUAUAACGAGUAAGAGAAAAUUUAAGUCACCUAGAAUUUUAUUUCUGCACAUAAUAUAUUUCGCUAUAUAUAAUUAUUAUUAUAUUAUUAUUAAGUAUUAUCGUAAAUGGUUUUUAUAGUUAUGUAUAUCUUAAAAUCAUUUAUUGAUUUAUUAUUUAAGGAAAAAAACGAUUAAUAUAUUAACUGCUUAAGUUUUAAAUGUUUUGGUUGUUUUUUUUUAUUAUUUGAACCGUCCUUUACCUUACCCCUUCCCGACCCAUUGGAACAGUUUAUUUGUUGGACUUCCUUACCGCUUGGUUUCCGGCGCACGUAGCGCCGCCGUAAAUUGUCAACCUUUACCUCGUCAUAAUUAUUUUAGGAAUAAUUAACGUUAACCAUAGACAUUAGUACAAUAGAGCAGGGUUAUUUUUCGAUCCACAGACAAAGAAUUUAAACAUUAUUUUUAUACUGAUAGCCGGUUAUAAGUUCGUGCAGGUUUUUAAAUAGAAUAAAGAUAAAACAGACACCAAAUUCAAAAACAGCAGUAAGCAUCUUGUGUUUCGAUUAAUGUAAACAUCCUUUGUUGUAUUUUUACACAUUUCGGCAUAUUUCGGCAGCGUUCAGUUGGUCCGGACCAUCGGCGAGUCUCGCACCGGACAUAGGGUUAAGUUUAUUCGUUAGAUAAAAAUAUUAUAUUCCGAAAAAUGCGUGCGAACACCCAAUGUGCGAAUGCGAAGCGGUCGACCCCGCCGCACUGUUUUGAUAUUUAAUUUUUAAAAAUAUACAAUACUCAUGACUUUAGCGACCGUAAAACUUUUAAACUAUAUCUAUAAUCCUAUACAUAUAACCACAGCGUAUUAUACUGGCAUUCCUUUUCGAACCGUUGAAAUAUUUGAAAGGGAUUUGCGGCGCGGUCGCUUCGCAGGCGCGCGUCUCGCGGCGGCUACCAACCUCUCAUACACGACCAGCCGGUCUUAUACGAGUAUGUAUCUUGGUGUACCAUUCAAAAAUUAACCAUUACAUCGUUUUUCAUUUUAUUUUCGGUUUUAUGAUCAUCUAAAAUAGUUUAUUCACCAUUUUACAUGAAGUGGUACCUAAUGAUUUUUUGUUUCUACGAUCAUCCAAUGAGAUUCACCGUGCAGAUAAAGAGAAAAACUCCUAGCAGAGACCUGGACAUUAGACCAGAACAAAUGAUUAUUUCAAUAAAAUUACGUAAUACUAGUUUUUCGUUAAAAUAACAUUACUACCUGCUACUACAACUACUAUACUAAUGUCACUUUACGUAAAAUGACGACAGUUUUGUCAUUUCAUUGAAAACCUGAAAAAACAAAAAUACAAUGAAAUACGAUGUAGUGACUGAUUACUUGAAUGGUACACUGAGAUACAUAAUAACCUAAAGAUCGGCACAAUAGUUGAAGGCAGCACAGCAAUAGACCGACUCACCGACCCACAGUUCACAGACCGACAGAUCAAACGCACUGGGCCACCUCGUCCGAUCAGAAGUGCCUUCAAAAAUGUUGAUUUUUUACGAAAAAAUAAGAAAUUAAUACAAAAGGGCCCUCAAUAGAACCUCUAGCCCAGAAGCCGUCGCGCGGCGCGUCCACGCACACGCACGCAGUUCGCCGUAUCGAACAAACAAUAUACAUACACACAUUACUAUUAUACUAUAGAAGAAUACUUAGUUUGAUUCGUAGAUAUAUGUAGUGUGGCGGAGGCGACGCGUGAAUCUGAACGACCGACGUCACAAAGGACGAUGCCGAACUGACGGCAAAUUUCGAAAUUUUAGAUUCUCUACGCCGGCAGUUCAGACGCAGGCUCGAGUCCGCCGCUAAAACUUGAUGUAUUUGUUAUAACGUGUAGAAGCCGGCCACCUACCCCGCGACGCGGAGACAAUUUCAGUUCACAUCCUCAGUUCGACAGGCAAACAAACAGUAUAUAAUUUAACGCUUCUUCAAAUAGAUAAUACACAAUAAGAUAGAUAGUUGUACAGAGAUGUAUAGCGACUUGUACAUAAAUACAGUAAUUUUAAUACAGAGGAGUUACGAGUAAAACUAUCUUAGCUUACGAUAUUUAAUUAAGGCUCAAUAGACGAACGGCAAUUGUGAAUUGAUUUGCGGAAUUGUACAGAAUCUUAAGACAUCCUCAGUUUAUGGUAUGGACCCGCGCAGGGCGGGCGGCCGGCCCUAGCUAAGCAAGUGUAAGCAUUUUUUCAUUUGGUAUUACACUUUGUUAACGUUUCAUUUGUAACCGUUUGAACUAUUACAAUAAUAUAAGAGUACCUCAGUUUAGGAUGGACCAGGCGUCGACUGGUAUGCUUAGAGUAGUGUUCAGGUUAGGUGUGAAUGACACGAUACCUUUAAGACAUCGACACAUAGAAUAACCACGCAGAUUCCCCCCUCUUUGAUGCACCGGUUUUUAGUUCGAAAUUCGUCCCCCAACACUUCCCGCGAAGUGUAUCUCCACAGCCAAUCUCUCACAGCAAUAGCCCGGGUUAAUUUUCUCGAUUCACGUCGGAUCGUAUACGGUACGCAAACGCAGUCGCCGCAGGGCUUAUUCGUGAACGAAAAUCGUUCCAUGUUACGUUGAAAAUUGUAUUUUGUUAAUGUUACCUGUUUUGUUCUUGCCAUAACCGUGGCGUUUCAGAGCUAACGAAUCACCAACGCACAAUUGACGCUGAAUUGAAAAUGGAAUUGAAUACGACCGUGUAAAGCCACCUUUAGGAGCACACUCGUAAAGUGAAACGUAGCAUAAACAUUUUUUAGCUCUGAAACUCCUACCAAUUUCGGUAUACCUAUGUAAUUCCUUGUAUAGUAAGUAAUGAAUCCGUUAUUCCAAUCUCUCCAUAGAUUUUUCAAUAAUAAUCUAUAUUAAACAAGUUAACGAUUAAAGCAGGCUACACACACAUAUUACAAUAGAAAUGUAUUGAUUUCCCAUCAACAAUAUUCAACCGAAAUGCCGUAAUUUGCAGAUACUUGGAGCCGUUUUUUUGAUAGAUAUAUUUUCUGGCAAGGUAAGAGUACACAAGAGGACAUAGUAAUAAUAAUCUUAUUUGUUCUCGAACUAAGAAUUGUUUUGUCCGGAUUUUAUACUUGAGUGAUUCACUGCAACAGUAAUAAGACCACAAUGGAUAUAUUAUUGUUCGAUCGAGCCGAUUUUUAACCGAUUUUCGUGUUCGUGUCACUUGUAAGUUAUCGGUUGACAAUUUGUUCUUAUUUAAUGUAAAGACUCACGUAUGAACAUCGAAAUAUUAAGUCCACAGUGAUCAUGGGGCUACCCGCAGAAAAAAGUACAAAAUUCGGUGUGACUUUAAAAAAAAAACUCAUGUUUGUAACUAUAUAUAUAUGUAUUGUAGAUUUAAAAAAAAUUGUCCUUUUGGCGAUGUCAUCUCGAUUGUUUCGACAGUUCGUAUCUAGAUAAUAGUUUAUUUAAGUUUCAUAAAAAAUGUAUCUAAUGUUUUUCCUUUACAUUUUUAGUAGUAUUUUUGAAUCCGUCUACGAAAUGUUUGGUAUAUCGAUAUAAAAUGAAAUUAUCUAAUUAUUUUCAAAAUUGAUUAUAAGACAAAAAAAAAACAAUAUAUAUGUAUAAUAUAUUUGGUUUCGCGUUUGGGUAUUAUGGUUCCUAAAUUUUGGAAAUUGUAGUAGACUCUAUUGUGUAGCGUUUGAUUUUGUCGAAUUAGGAAACAUUAGAUGUACCAAAUAGCUGUAUCAACUUUUCUAUACGAAAGAAAUUCAAUAAGUAACAAAAAAGCUGAAAAUUAGUUAGUUAUAAAAUAAGUAUCAUUCGUUUAUAUAUUAUCUUAUAUGAAAAAAAAAAACACAAAAUUGAGCACGGAUGUACUAUUAGGAUCUCAAAAACAAAUACUGCCGAUGCUUAUCAGUAAGUAUUAAAGUAUAAGUCUCGAACGCUCGACAAUGGUGUGAGAAAAUUGAGGUUUGUAAAAAAACUACCAGAGAUGUAUACCAAUGAAAUAAAAGUAUUCCAAUACAAAAAGCAAACACUUUGAUAACUUUCAUUUCAAAUGCAAAUGCAAAAUACUUUCUCUCUAUUAAAUACAAAAUAUUUUCUUUCAAAACCGAUGAAAGUAAUGCUUUAAUAAUAACUUUUAAGUUAUUUAUUCGUCAUAAAUUUGACCUUAAAUAGGCUUUAAAUAGGCUUUAUAAUGUAAUAAAGCACAAUACAAUUUGAUUAGAGUAAACCCUGACCAACCGAGUUUGUACAGUAAGGCGUGUACCUACUAUGCAAUGGGCCAUUUGUUUCCAUAUUAAUAACUGGAAAUUACAACAUUGCCACUGAUAUUGGAGAAAUUAAAAAAAAUAUAGUAUUUGGCAUUAUUAAAUAGUAAAUAAAAUAAUACAUUUAUUAAUGUUGAAAUAAAAUAAAAAAUGUUGCAUUUUAAAUUCAAAUAAACUUACAUCUCUGAGAAAGUAUAUAGUCAAGUAAGAUCCGUGUCUGAGCGUUCGUUUUUGUAUAUGAGAGUAUAUAUUAUUAUAUAUGUAGUAGUAAAAUAAACGAUAAUUUCAAUAUCCUUGUGGUCUUCAUUCUUAACAGCGAUACACGUUCAUUUCGUAUUCUUAUGUGUUUACAUGUACGUACGAAUAAAUAUGUGUUAUGUUGUUAUCAUCUUUUUGACGAGUCGCAGUCCAUGUGACGCCGUUUCGUAUAAUAUAUUUGUAAAUUACUGCGAGCGGACGCGGUGCCGGUGAUAAAAUUAGAAUCAAAAUUAAAAAAAAAAAAAAUCAAAAUUAAUUAACUAUAUAGCGACGCGUUGUCUGUUCCCCGCGCCGUUUCUCUGAAAUUUCGAUUUGAGUGCGAUGUAGGCGGGAAACGGGCAAGCGUUCGUUAAGAAAAAAUUAAAAAUUCGACUAGUGUUUAGGCAUUGUUUUCGAUAUCCUCGCAUUUCGGCUAAGUAACUUGGGCCCGCGUCCGCUUGUAUUCGAUAUAUUUAGUACAAAUUUCAAAUGUUAAGGUUACGAGGCUCAAAGCUUUUCUUUUGGAGGCGCCAGCGCCGCCGCCUCGCGCCGCGUCGGCGAUAUAAUGAGUCGUGUAUAAAAUUUUAUUCAAAAGAGUAUUUUUGUAUUGAAUAUUUCUAAAGUUGGUGUAAAGAUCAAAAUUUCAUAAAUUAUAGCGAUGACAAAAAUGGACAUUAGGUAAAUUAGAAUGUCAUGCGUUUUUUGUAUUUAAUUUUAAGAAUAGUAUCGGAUAUACUUAAACGUUUAGGAACAUUAAACAUUUGUAAAUAAAAAGUUGAGAGGCGCAGCGCGCGGCGGCGGUCGGGCUACCAGUUAUAUAGAUAAAAAAAUAUAUAAAUAACUAAAAGAUGUUUAUAUGGUUCUGGGUGUAAAAAGAUAACUUUAAAAUGCAUUUUUAAGGUGAAAAAAAAAGUGGAAACAAAAAAUGAUUAAAAUGUAAACGAUUCCUUGGUAUUUGUCUUAGAAUGGCUGCUAGCGGGUCACUAUUGUAAUCUGUGGGCCUCAGACAAAUCAUACCCAAUGUCACAAAACUAACCUAACCUACAUUAAUUAUUACGAUUCUUAAUAAUACAACACUAAUAUAAUGUAUCACAUUGUCAUAAUGCUUAUAUUUUCGAGCGUGUGUCUUUGUCCGUGAAUGUUUAGGAUCUAACCACUGAUUAAUGUUUUAGACAUUAAGUGGAAGUACGAAUAUUGUGGAAGAAAAAUUUAAUGAUAAAAAAAAUGUAAUCUAAAUCAAAUCUAAAUUGAGUCUAGCGGUCCCUGACCCUAGAGUCUUGCAAAUUGCGUUCACACACCUGUUAGUGAAUUUAAAACAAAUUGGCGGUUCUAAAAUAUGUUGAUACAAAAUUGAAAAUGAAAAGAAAAAGUUAAGUAGACAUACAUCAGCAUGGAGACUUGUUGGUACCACUGAGGGAUGUUUCUUCGUGAAUAUAACGAGUAAUAAAGCUAAGCUUUUAUUUGAA